AUGCCGCUCUCCAGCACCUGUCAAAAUUGUGCCAAGUCCAAGGUCCGCUGUGUACGGAAUAGUGAAGAGUCGGAUAUUUGCUCUCGGUGCGCGCGCUUGAACAAACAAUGUGUAUACCGUGAGACCGGUCGGCGCUUUAAGGGGUUCAAAAAAGAUCGACAGAUAGAAGCUCUUGAGUCGAAGAUCAAUGAACUCAUGGCCAACUGUGAAUCAACUUCAGCAAAACAAACAACUCCGGGAAAUGCUACAUACAACUCAAACGGUGAAGAAGCCGAUCAAGCUAUCAUGGACGUCGUUGCGCGAGGUUACCUAAGUAUGGAAGCUGCGCAAUCCUUCAUAGAUAUCUAUAGGACGGACAUGACUUUACAUUUCCCAUUUGUUGUUAUCCCGCCGCAGGUCACAGCUACAGAUCUCCGGCAACAGAAGCCAUUUCUCUUCUUAGCUGUCCUGGCAUCUGCGGCAUAUUCCAACAUGCCACUGCAAAGAUUGCUAGGAAGGGAAUUCAAGAAGGUCAUUGCUUCUCGCAUGAUCACGAGCGGAGAAGUUUCGUUUGAGCUACUCCAGGGAAUGCUGGUCUUUCUCGCCUGGUCCCAUUACCACUCGCGACCCCAUCGCUACACGCAGUUCCUACAACUCGCCAUAGGUCUUAUGGUCGAGCUACGGUUAGAUCGGCCACCGCAAACGAAGACAUGGAAGACGGCGCUCAGGUUCAACAAAGAAUAUACGCUAGACGACGAACAAUAUAUUCGACCAUCCUGGGGUCUUGACGAGCAGAGAGCCGUUGUUGGGUGUUAUUACCUGUCGUCCACGUAA